UCCCUAAAAUGGCGGUAACAAAGAGAUGUGGAUGGUUUAUGCUGAUAUUGAUGUUUAUAUGUUAUUCGGACGUCUUGACAAAGACUAAGGUUAACUUGCGGAAACGUACGAAAGGAAGGCACAUUCACCCACAUAGAUACCACAGCAAAUGCAAUGUUGGGGAAUAUCGGUCUAGAAAAGACAGAAAAUGUUUACCUUGCACGGAUCCCGAAUACACAAAUCUCAUUCCAAAUAAUAGGAAAUCAUGCAAAAAUCAUAUAAAAUCUACGACUCCAACCAAGAAUACCAAGAAUAUUCCGAUUACUGAUCCAAGUGUGUCUGCAACAACUGCUCAAAAGUUUUCCGACGAAACUUCGUCGGCUUCGAAUGCAGGAUUCACUACAAAAUUUAUCCCGAUUCAAAAUACCGAAUGGAUUCACACCGUCGGGAAAUUGAUUGAAAGUACAUCACAUGAGGAAAUCCUUACGAAAAGCCAAGAUGAAAAACCCGAAGCCACACAGAAUGCAGUUGAAACAGAUUAUAUGCCCGCUAUGAGUAAACUCGGAUUUGCUAUACUAAUUAUGUUUGCGACCGUUUUUAUAGCAGCGAUAAUGUCAAUCUCUGUUAUUGGUUUAUACUGAAAGUGUUUCAAAACAAAACCUAGAGUACAGGAAGAAGAUGCUGCAAUUCCGCCUCUCAGAUCGUAACAAAAAAAAUCAGGAUUGGUGGCGGGGAUUCUAUGUCUAAAACUGCAUACAAGACACUUCAAUGAUGACAGUUCAAAUUUUUAGUAGGUAAAGGUAUCUAGAAAGCCAUCAUCUCUAUUUAUUUUUCCAUAUUCCUACGAGUCGUACGGGGUCGGGUUUUUCACUGAAUUUAUUAAUAAUAACAUAUAUGGUUUAAAUGGCGUAUGUAAACAUUUUAUUUUAUGUAAACAUUUUAUUUUUUUUUAAAAAAUAAGACUGGCAAUACUUUACUAACUUAGACUUAUAUUUUGACACAGAAUGGUGUUGGCAAACCUCCGAUAUACGACCUCCGUAUAUAAUAGUAUUACAAUUCGUCCUCUCAUUCGUAUUCAAAAAUUGGAGAUUUUUUGAAAUUAUAUAUAAAGGGUUAUAAGUUUCGUUUAAUCUAUUAAAUAACUUUAUAGUAUAUUCCAUUAAAACUAGAUUUUACUUAUGUGUUUAUCCAUGCCACGACAUAUAUAUACCAAGUUUCAGCAAUGAACAACGAAAAUUAAAAUAUUAUAGGCAUUCCGAUGAACAAAAAUUUACCUCUAUAGGCAAUUUUUCCAAAAUAGUUUAUAUCUUGCAGUGCCAAAUACUACUUUAUGAUUCUUUUUUCCCAAUCUGGGAAAAGGAACUGUAGCCGAAUAUAAUUAUAUCGCGUCUAUAUAUAAAAUCAAAUUUUUCAAAGCAACACACUAGUUUCUCAAAACUUUUCGUUUUCAUUUUAGAAGAAAUAGAAAAAAAUAGAAUUUUUUAUUCGAAACAUAGCUGUUUACCUUACAAAACUCCCCGCGUUUAUUUGGGACAAUGCCUUUUUUCAACCGUUCAACUGUUUUCAGUUAGUUUAUUCAACGUAAAUGUUUAUAUUGUGAUGUUACGAUCAAAUGUAAGAAAUCACUUAUUAAUAGAUUAUGUUACUGUUAUAAUAUUAUAUAUAUAUUUAAAAAAUUAAGUUCAAUUUUUUACUUGAAGCUGCAGAUUUUUCUAUCGCGUAUUUCUCGUGGUCAAAGGUAGUUGCAACCAAUUGCCUUGCUAACUAACAAAUAAAAAUACAUAAUUGCUAUUUGAAUAUUUUGUGAAAAUGAGCAAAAUAGACCGGAAAAUUUUACAAAAAACUCGAUAUUGGCUAUGCCUGGUUCAUGCGCGAUUAUAUCCUAAGGUAUGUAAGAUAGAGCAAAGUACUCGCUAGAAAAAAAGUACACUGUUUAAAAAUCUUUCCAUCGAUUCUAAACUAAAUAUUACAUCUUUAUUUGUCGCUGAGUUAUAGCUAAUUAAGUUUGCCAUUUUUGGAUGUAAUUGGUAUCCCCAUGAUUAAAUUGCGUACGUUACGUAUUCGUCAAGGUCACGGACCGCGUCGACGCACGAUCUAUGAUUACGGUGACGUCGUUGACGACGUAACUCACGUGGUUAUGCAGCUCACGAUUAUGGCGACAUGGUGGCGCCAGCAGAGAGAACAAAGAGAUGGGCAAAAUGUUGCGACACCGCACCUCUGAAAAAAACUAAACAAACUUUCAUAUUUCGGGUUUUUUGGUGGCUGAAACGGUUUUAAAAAUAUAGCCAUUUAAAAACAUUACUCUCAAACUUCGGAAAAAUGUCGAAUAUGGCUUGGCAGCGACAGCGUUAAUGGGCGCUUGGUUUUUCGCACGAAAUCAAUAUCAAUAUAAUCCUAUCUAACUUGAAAUUAAGUUUAACUUUAACUAACCAUUUUUAAAUACUAAGCAAUAAAUGGUGUCGUAUAGUUAUACUCUACUAAACAAAUUUCGAUGGAAACUCAUUUUUAUAUUGUGUGGACUGCCCCGCUAUUCAUUUUCCUUCGGACGUAGUCCCGAAGCAAAAAGGGGUUGGGGAAGCCUCAGCAUACGUAGGAAGGGUUCGUGACGCAUUAUUAUUACGUAUUAAUGACGCAACUGUGUCAUAUCGGUAACACCUCAUGACGAUGAAUCAUACUGCUGUUAAAAGGCGUUAACUUGUAUACCAACAUCUGCUGCUGGACAAAUCCAGUUUUUGUUGGAUAAAUCCAGUCUUUCGCUACUUGCCCAACUGAUUCAUUCUCAACAAUAUUCCUCCACACUGGGAACUAUUUUCGACACCGAUAAGCUUAACCAAUGCAUAGCGGAACCGAAUCUAUACGAAAGUUCCAGUUAUAUAAGGGUUAGGAGUAAACCUUGUGAAGCAUGAACAAACAAAACUUCGUUGGAUUAAUUCAAUGGGGCGUUGUUUGCUUCAGUUGACAAAGCGCUUCGGUUGACAAAGAUGUAUGCUAUAACGAAAAAGGUAUUGGAUGUCCGUCGAGUGUAACUUUCAGAAUACAAUUUUAAAACGCGGAACAACGACGACUGGCAAACAAGAAUAACAUGGGGAUAUUUGCUCGCAUAAUAGCGAGGAUCGAAGUUCCCAAACAUGAAGUGUUUACCCAAUUUGAGAGAACCGCUCUCGAGCGAAUAUAUCGAAUUCAUUAAAUUGAUUUUACUGCCAAGCUACUACAAAACACAGAGAAUGGUUGCUUGAAAUAUGAUGAAACGAACACAGUGAUUUUGAUAUAAAUUCAUAGAGAAGUGUUGAAAAUUUGCAACAGAAGUAAUUUAGCAACAAUAGGAUAAUGAUAGAUGACCCAUUUUUUAGGACAGCCAGGAAACAUGAUACGUCCAGAUCUCGCUGAUACACAACCACAGAGCAAACCGCCUGACAGUCCCCAACCAAACCCAUCUUAAACGACCAUAUAGAUGAAAAAAAAUUUAAAAGAGUCCAAAUUCUACCAGUAAAUGGACAUAAAACCUGAGAAAAUCACAUCAGGGAGUCGAAUUAACCCAUACACAUAUUUCGCAAAACUUGCAACGUUCAGAAACUGAGUGAAUUAAUUUUACAGUCUCAAAGAUUUAAGCGUUUUUUUUACAUUAUCCUUUUCCAAUCGAAAGCCCUCAAUGCCAUCAAAAUAUGGGAAUAUUUUCAUGGUGUAAAAAUAUAUCAAUAGCCGAAUGAUUUUCAGAGUGAUAUAAAAAAAUGCACGAGACAAAAAACGCAAUUGAAAAAGUGAAUAAAUAACCAUAUCACAAAGAAGUAAUAUAAAAAGGCAGUGUCAAAAUUGGGUGCAAUAUUCAAAAAAAA